AUGUGCAGAAGGAAAAAUGUACUCCAAUCCUGCCAGAUUAAGGAGGCCCUCGUGUCCCAGAUGAGGCAGGAGUUCAUUGACCUGCGGGGACCGGUUCCCGGAGAUUUGAGUCAAACGUCCGAAGACCAGAGUUUAUCGGAUUUUGAAAUAUCAACGCGGACACUGAUCAACGUGUGGAUCCCGUCGGUGUUUCUCUGGGGCAAAGCGGCGAACGCCUUCCACGUGUAUCAGGUCUACAUCCGGAUAAAAGACGACGAGUGGAACGUCUACCGGCGGUACACAGAGUUCUGGAGUUUGCACCACAAGUUACAGAACAAGUACCCGCAAGUGAGGGGCUACAACUUCCCACCCAAAAAGGCCAUUGGAAACAGGGAUGCCAAGUUUGUGGAGGAGCGGAGGAAGCAGCUCCAGAAUUACCUGCACUGCAUCAUGAACAAGGUCAUCCAGGUGGCCCCCGAGUUCGCUGCCAGCCCCAAGAAGGAGACCCUCGUGCAGCUCAUACCAUUUUUUGUCUCACAGAAUGUUCCAGAACCAAAUAGGUCCGUCGCUGUUGCCUCGGUGGGUAACUGA